AUUUGAAGUUUAAUUAAGAAUGGCUAGCAAUCCUUAUGUCAAAUCCGUGCUAUGGCUGGUUGGCUUCGGUGGCAUUGGCUAUGGUUUAAUGCUGCUGACAGAGCCCAGUGCAGAGAAGAUUGAACGCAUUAAAGCAUCCGGUUCGCCAGGUCAAUACAAUGCGGACGAUAAAAAGAAAGCUCUGUUCAUGCAAAAACUUCAGGAAGCGGCAACAACCAGUACUCCAAUUUACAGGCAAGCGGCGAAUACUGAUAAAAAAGAUAACUAGACUAGAUGUUUUGUAAAUAAUUUGUUAUAUGCAAUGUUAUAGAAACAUUCAUUUUGAAAUAAAAUAAGGAUAUGUGUGGAAGAACAUA